AUGAUCGGCCUUGAUGGAUGCUUCAUCAAGACUCCAUAUGGGGGUCAACUUUUAACAGCCAUUGGAUGGGACCCCAACGAUAAGAUUUUGCCUAUUUUCUAUGCUGUUGUUGAAGCAAAGAUAAAAGACUCGUGGAGAUGGUUUUUGUUGAAUCUGUGUGACGAUUUAGGAGUUGAUAAGAUCAGAUGGUCUUCCAAGAAAUUGAUCACUGCCUUUGAUGAGUUGCUGUCUAACAUAGAUCACAGGUUUUGUAAGGCUGCAAAGGCAACAUAUGUCCAGGAGUGGGAGAGAAGGAUGAAGGAGAUUCAACUGGUUGAUCAAGGAGCUUAUAAUCAUCUCAUGGAGAUCCCUGCCAAGUAUUGGAACAAGUCCAUGUUUAAUCAUUUUCCUAGAGUUGAUACACUUGUAAACAACAUAUGUGAGUAUUUUAACUCUGUUAUUGUAGAGGCUAGAGAGAAACACAUUGUGUCUAUGUUAGAAGAUAUUAGGGUUUAUCUAAUGAAUAGGUGGGCUGACAACAGACAAAGUAUAGUUACACAUGCUGGAGAAAUUUUGCCAAAAAUAAACAAAAAAAUUGAAAGAGAGUUUGAUAAGGGUGGGGAGUGGUUGGCCAUAUAUGCAGGUAGGGACAAGUAUGAGGUGUCUACCAGUCAGUGUAAUAGAGACAAAUUUGUUGUAGACUUAAACUUACAUGAGUGCUCCUGUAGAAAGUUUAAACUAACAGGUUACCCUUGUGAGCAUGCCAUGAGUUGCAUUAGAAAAAUGUGUUUGGAUGUUAAGAACUAUGUGAAUAAGUGCUGUAGGAAAGAGACCUACGUGGACUGCAAUCAACAUGUAAUCUACCCAGUGAAUAGACCAAAUCUUUGGACCCAGACUGAGAAUGAUGAUGUGCUGUCACUAGUGUUUAGGAAACCAAUAGAGCGCCCAAAACUAAAGGUGGAGGACUAG